GUGUCUCAUUCAAAAUAAAAUUUCUCCGUACUUACCUACUUAUCCAAGUCCAUCUUCAGUCAACCACACACAGUCCAUAACAUAUUUGCAGAGUAAAUAAGCAUCAAUGGCAAAUGUACCAAGAAUAAUGAAAUUGGGGUCAGAUGGACUUGAAGUAUCAGCACAAGGACUUGGUUGUAUGGGGAUGUCUGCAUUUUAUGGACCUCCAAAACCUGAUGAUGAAAUGAUUCAACUCAUUCACCAUGCCAUUAAAUCUGGUGUCACCUUUCUUGAUACUUCUGAUGUUUAUGGACCUUAUACUAAUGAAAUCCUCAUUGGUAAAGCGUUGAAGGGAGGGAUGAGAGAGCGAGUUGUAUUAGCAACAAAAUUUGGUAUUGUUUUAGGAGACGAAAAGAAAGCAGAAGGAAAGAGAGAAGUGCAUGGAGAUACAGCCUACGUAAGGGCAGCAUGUGAGGCUAGCUUAAAGCGGCUUGAUGUUGACUGCAUAGACUUGUACUAUCAGCACCGAGUUGAUACGCGUGUGCCCAUUGAAAUCACGGUUGGAGAACUUAAGAAGCUGGUCGAAGAGGGUAAAAUAAAAUAUAUUGGUCUAUCGGAGGCUUCAGCAUCAACAAUCAGGAGAGCACAUGCAGUUCAUCCAAUAACAGCAGUACAAUUAGAAUGGUCACUAUGGUCGAGAGAUGUAGAGGAAGAAAUAAUCCCUACUUGCAGAGAACUCGGGAUUGGGAUUGUGGCAUACAGUCCACUAGGGCGUGGCUUUUUGUCAUCAGGUCCGAAGCUCCUUGAGGAAAUGUCAAAUGGAGACUACCGAAAGCAUCUGCCAAGGUUCCAAGCUGAAAAUCUUGAGCAAAACAAAAAGUUGUACGAUCGUAUUUGUCAAAUGGCAGCUAAGAAGGGAUGCACCCCCUCUCAACUAGCUUUGGCGUGGGUACACCACCAAGGAAAUGACGUGUUUCCCAUCCCGGGCACCACUAAGAUCGAAAACUUCAACCAGAACGUUGGAGCUCUGUCCGUAAACUUAUCUUCAGAAGACAUGGCAGAGCUAGAAUCCAUUGGUUCAGCCAAUGCAGUCCAGGGUGAUCGAUAUAUUCCCGGUAUGAAUACUUAUAAAAAUUCAGAAACUCCACUCCUUUCAGCAUGGAAGGCUAAGUCUGGUUUGGAACAAAUGAGCAGAUAGGCUUGACUAAGUUUAGGAAUAUAAAUGAUGCAUUUGCCUAAUUAGUGUCUAUGUGUUGAGUUGAGUUGUUCUUGUGUUGCCCACUCUAUGCACUGAGAAAGUAUAUUUCUCUAUAUCAAACUACUAUUGUGCCAUUUGCUGAUGGUUUGAAUAAGAAAAUUCAUGUUUCUUUUUGUA